AUGGCCUCCAACACCAGCUCUCUCUUCGGAGGGGGUGGUCUUGGGACCUCAACAACACCACAGCCAAACAGUAUGUUCGGCGCGAACAACUCAACAGCAAGUCCCUUCGGAGGUUUCUCUGCCCCGAAUACUCAAGGCGCGCAAACAUCGUCUCUGUUUGGAGGUCAAUCUCAGGCUCAGCAACAGCCCGCCCAAGCCCCGGCCUUCGGGCAGACCCAACAAGUCAGCAACUCGCAAAUCCAGGGACAAAAUGCAAAUCAGUCAACACAACCUGCGUUUUUCAACAGCCUACUGGAGCGUGGGAAAAAGCGACCAUUGUCAUCAGUUGCUCGGAACAACAACUUCGAUGACGUGCCUAGUCUACAGCUCGGCCUGGAUGACAUUCGAAGAAAGGCACGAGAGCUAGGUUCUGCAGGACAAAAGGAUACCCCGAACGGCAAAAGUAGCAAAGGUCAAUACCUUCUGGCGGCUUCUGGUAUAUCUCCUGCUCGAGCAUUGCGCGACCUCAAAUCCAUGGAUCCGCAGGCAUCCCUCGCGGCCCCAGUGAAGGAACCGGAUCACUUUGACCCUGACAACCAGAGAUUUUUGCGGAAUAUUCAGCAACGCGGGAGACAGGUCAUGAUUACAGAGAGUCUCGCCAGGGCUCAGCGAGACUUUGAUACUUUCCUAGAAGAGAAGGUUGACAUGGACUGGGAGAAUCAACGUCAACAGAUAUUCCACCACUUCGGGCUCUCCCCAAAGGACGCCGCCGGCGCUGGAGGAUUGAAGUCCACGGCCCGAGGUGCCUUUGGACGAUCAGCAAGACAGUCUAAACAAGCCGAGGCUGGACUCGCCAACGGGCCCCCAACCGCAUCUCGUAGAAGCGUAUUCGGUCGUUCGGGUCUUGAGAAGUCGGUCAUUGGCACACCUGGGGCCGGCUUGGCAAGCCGUCAGAUAUUCGGAGACCCAGCAGAGCGGAGCGAAGGAAAUACGUCUCACUCACCUGAUCUCAGGUUCCGACGGGAGAAGAUGGGUCAUUACGCCGAGAAAGUUCAACAGUUGAACCUUGCCAGGCUUCAAGGAAAAUGCUAUCCAGUUCUCGAUGAGUUUUCAUCUGUGGAAAUGCAAGCCGGCGGUGAUGUGCCUCGACAACUCUUCAAUGCAUACCAGGCCUUGAUAAAGAUCGUGCACGAGAACCCAAACAUCAUCAACCCAUCGGAGCCGGGAGCUGUCAAGGAGCGACAGUAUGCCGAAGAAUAUCUCGAAGAAUCGUCCAAAUCCCCUGAAGCAAUCAAACUCAGAAACCAGAUUCUUCAAGGCUCAAGGGCUUUCCUUGAAACCACGUUUUUCGAGGAGGUGGAAAGCGCCAUUGCCAAAAAUCCGCGGGAGGCACAAUUGGGCGGAAUUCCAACUGUGAUCAACAAAAUUCGCGCCUACAUCCGACUACAAGCUGCGAGAAAGGACCUGGCACCUGAUGGCACUGAGCUCCAGAUGGUAAACCAAGACUACUGCUGGAUUCUCAUAUUCUAUCUUCUUCGGUGUGGAUUCGUGACCGAGGCAGCUGAGUAUGUAAGCCAGGAUAACGGGUUCCGGUCCUUGGAUCACAAAUUCGUGACCUACAUGGCAAGCUAUGCGCAGAGUAGGAGACUGCCGCGGGAUCUGCAGCAAAAGAUCAACGGCGAGUUCCAGCAACGUUCACGGAACGCACCUGAGAACACAGUCGACCCCUACCGGAUGGCAUGCUACAAGAUCAUUGGCCGCUGUGAUCUGUCGCGUCGUCGCUUGGAUGGCGUUAAACAGACCGUCGAGGACUGGAUGUGGCUACAAUUCAGCCUCGCGAGAGAGGAUGACCGUGCCGAAGAGGUUGCGGGUGACGUAUUCGGACUGGAAGAUAUCCAGACCGACAUCCAGGAGAUCGGCCAGAGAGUUUUCGUCAAGGGCAACGAGGGGCCUGGGGGUUAUGGAACUUACUUCCUCCUGCAGAUCCUGGGAGGAAUGUUUGAACAAGCUGUGCAUUAUCUCGGCACAUAUGCCCCGGUCACUGCUGUUCACUUCGCCAUCGCCCUAUCCUACUAUGGGCUUUUGCGCGUGUCUGACUUUUACACCUCUGGUGAAGAAAUUCGUAAGCAAAUGACUGCUCAACACCCCUUUUCUGAUCUUGCUGACCUUCGAUUUCUUCUGCUAUGCGCAGUGUCGUUCACAGUUAAGCAGUACCCCCAGAUCAAUUUCGGAUAUCUGUUGACUCAAUACACCCGCGAAUUCCGCACUGGGUUUGUUGAAGCUGCCAUCGACUACUUCACGUUGAUUUGCCUCAAUGCGGAUCUUCCAGGUGCCCUGGGCAAGUCACAGGCAUCAGUUUGUCAUGAGGCCUUGCGAGAGUUUAUCUUAGAGACCAGAGACUUUGCUAAGUUGCUUGGCGAUAUUCGGGCGGACGGUACUCGCCUCAAGGGGGCUAUCGAGCAACGUCUUGAUCUCAUCAAGCUAGUUGACCAGCAAGAAUUCUUGAAGACCAUCACCGUUCAAGCUGCUGCUGUUGCGGAUGAUAAGGGAUUGAUCACGGAUGCCGUGCUUUUGUAUCACUUGGCCGAGAACUAUGACCGUGUCAUUGACAUUAUCAACCGUGCAUUGUCAGAUGCAAUUGCGGUAGAGCUAGGCGGCACCAUCCCGAAGCUGCAGCCUUUGCGUCCGAGGGUUAACCAAGGCGAAGAGAGCCAGCCGGAGGCAGUGGAAGCCGGAAGCAGCCUCAGUCUAACUUCUGUGGACGAUCCAGGUGUGCUUGCCAAAAACAUGAUCAGUCUUUAUGAUUCGGACAGAAUGUACUAUGGGCAGAUUCGACAGGUGAACCGUGAUUCUUGUGGAUUGCUGCUCCGCAUGAUGGAAGCAAAGACCCAGGUUGAAGCUGGUAGAUGGGCACCGGCUCUCGAUGCCAUAAACGCUUUGAACAUUCUCCCUCUGCAAGCCGAGGGCUCUAUCCCAUACAUUCGAAGCACAGCCCAAGCGUUCUCAUCUCUGCCACCCAUCAUUUCGCGCAACGUCGGUCACGUCAUAAUGUGGAGCAUUACCUGCAUUGGUUAUGAACGCCAAAAGCGAACCCUGGGCAUGUAUGACAGUGAAGUGCGUCAAGGUCUGGCGGAUACUCUACUUGUCAUGGCCAAGGAUCUCAUGGUCUUCUCGGGCAUGGUCAAGUACAAGCUGCCUCCCCGAGUAUAUGAGACACUGGCUCGUGCUGGGGCGGAUAUCGGAGCAUAUUAA